AUGGCCGAUGCUUCUCUACAGCCUGCUUACAAUGCCUCCCUUCCUUCGGGAGGAGACCCCCUCAAAAUUGACGUGAAUGCUCAAUAUGCGGGACUCGAAUGGAACUACACCUACAUCGUUUUCUGCGGCUUCAUCGUAUGGCUGAUAAUUCCCGGCAUCGGUCUCCUAUACAGUGGCCUUGCGCGAAGGAAAUCCGCGCUGGCUUUGCUUUUCCAAUCGCUCAUGAUUGUUGCAGUAACUACAUUCCAAUGGAUGUUUUGGGGAUAUUCUUUGGCAUAUGCCCGUGAUGGUGGGCCAUUCAUUGGGAACCUGAAGAACUUCGGACUCAAGAAUGUUAUGGCAGCGCCAUCUCCGGGCUCUGAUGUACUUCCGGAGAUUGUGUUUUGCUUUUAUCAGCUUUUAUUCUGCGCAUGCACGGUGAUGAUAGUCGUCGGUGGUGCAUUCGAACGAGGUAAUAUGCUCCCUUCGUUGGUUUUUAGCUUCUGCUGGGCAACCGCUGUUUACUGCCCGGUCGCGUACUGGACUUGGAACAGCAAUGGCUGGCUUUACAACCUACCGUCCCUGGAUUUUGCAGGAGGCGGCCCCGUGCAUAUCGCCUCGGGCUGGUCCGCCCUUGCAUAUGCCCUGGUUCUAGGGAAGAGGAAGCAUCUCGAUGAAACGACCCAUGGAAAACCCCACAAUACUACAUUGGUCUUUCUGGGGACAACAUUGAUCUGGUUCGGUUGGUUUGGUUUUAAUGGCGGAUCUGCUCUGAAUGCGAGUGUCAGAGCCAUGUUGGCGGCAUUCAAUACAAACACAGCCGCUUGCAUGGGUGUGCUGGGAUGGGCUCUGGUAGACUCUAUUAAGAACCGAGGGAAAUUCUCUGUGGUGGGAGCAUGCGAAGGUGCGAUCGCUGGACUUGUCGGGAUCACUCCAGCUGCAGGAUUUGUCUCGGUCUGGUUGGCAGCUGUCAUUGGAUUCUUGACCAGUAUCAUCUGUGCAAUGCUGCAAGAUGUCAAUAAAUGGCUUCGUAUUGAUGAAGGCAUGGAUGUCUUUAAGCUGCAUGGAAUUGGCGGGAUGGUCGGUGCAUUUCUGACAGGCAUCUUCGCGUCGCGAUCGAUUGCGGCGCUCGAUGGAGCGACUGAGGCGGCCGGUGGUAUCGACGGCAACGGAAUCCAGGUCGGAAAACAGUUUGCAGAGAUCUGUGCGAUAUCUGCUUAUUCAUUUACGGUAUCGGUCUGCCUGUUGGUGGUUAUGAAAUGGAUACCUAUCCCAUGCAUGAGCCUGCGAGUACACGAGGAGGCGGAAAUGAUUGGCUUAGAUCGAACGCAAUUUGUUGACGAGCAGAUCGGCGAACGGGUCAUACUGGGUGAUCUCUUCGCGUCGUCAUCACCCGCAUCUGCCAGUGUAGUGAAUGAGAGUCCAGGGUUGGUUGUUGGAUCCAAGGUGCUUAAGGGUUAA